AUGACAUCAAUUUGUUCAUCCACACGAGCUGCAGCUCAGACAUCAAGCCCGACUUCCAAUGCACGAUCACGAAGAUCUCAUACAAAGUCUAGACAUGGUUGCUUAGGAUGCAAACAGAGAAGAAAGAAGUGCGAUGAGCAACGCCCUCAAUGUUCACGAUGUUCUGAUAAAGACAUCCCCUGUGAAUACCCUCGCUCUUCAAAACCUCGAACCGUGCGAUCACCCAGACCUCAAGGGGACAACACCUGGAGCCAGCUCCAAUCUCUCACCAUCCCUGUGCAUAACUACCCUCGCUCAGCCAGCGCCAGUCUUGGUUCAGCGUCAAGUCUCUCACCCGGUCUAUCGCCCUACCUCGCCUCCAGCCCCAAUUUCACUCUAAGUGCUGCUCUGCAAAUACAAGAAACCAUCCAGCCAUCGCUCGAUCUCGGUGCAACAGAGUUGGAGCUUUUCAGUUACUAUCUCUCCCACGCUGCUCGGUCUAUGGCUUAUGACGCAGAGGAUCUGUAUGCCCUGCAGGUAGGGUUUCCUAACCUGGCGUUCCGCAGUAAACCUCUGAUGAGCUCCAUCCUGUCACUGGCGGCUGUACGCAAAUGUCAUGAUUUGCUUGCAAAUUCAGACCAUAUGAGUAUUAAAAAGAGCCAAGUGAAGAACCUUUUAGCUCUCGCAGAUGAGCAUCAUAGGGCCUCGCUUCAUCAGACACAAGCCGAUAUUCCCCAUGCCAAUCAUUAUGACCACGUCGUGGCGAAUGCUCCUCUCAUGGUCCUCUACGCUACCGCAAACCAUGCCGUUCGGAUCAAAUCAGCCGAAAGCCUAGACGACGAGCAAGAUUCAAGUACGAAUUUGGCACCGGCGCAAUUGCACUGGAUGACGCUUAUUCGUGCGGCGAACCUGGCGUACACCGGUCUUUUGCACUCUGCCAAAGACUUCAGUUGCCUAGAUGAUUUUACUGCGAGCCCGCCAGCAAUUACCCUGAACAGCCAAUCUACAAGCGGAAUGGCUCCGUUGGCUGAGAAUGGACCAACCCAACAGACUGAGAGGUUGCUUAUGCCCAUCAUCGCAGCUACAUCGGGUUCUGCGCUUGAAAGGCUAAGGACAAAGGCACAGACUUUGCAAUUCGCUACACACUUGGCACCUUCCUGGGAAUCACCGCGUGAAAAUGCUGAGAUCCAAGCUUGCCUUGUAGCUCUAGAGGCUCUUAGCAAUAUCAUGACCGAGGUGUUCCAGCUCGAUGAACAUUUCACCCAGACAGAGUCUGCCCAACCUGACUUGGAGAAUGGCUGGGCGGCGUUGAGUCAGCUCUCUGAUGUAUCGCCUUGGCUGCGAAGUUACAUGGCCCGCGUAACCUUCUCAACACCACCGAAACCGCUGCGCAGGACAAUUAUGUGGUUUCUCAACCGCGUGCCAGAAGAGUUCUUAAGUCUUGUGCAAUCAGCACUUGAUAAUAUUUCAACGGCCAACGAUGGAGGGUCCGAUGAAGGUAUCCAAUGUGACAACGAGUAUAUAUCUGAAACGUCUCGAUUGGCGAUGGAUAUCUUUGCCCACUGGCUUGUGCUGGUUAUGUCACUGGAUGGCGUUUGGUGGAUCGGUGGUAUAGGGGCUUGUGAGCUGGGAAGAAUUACAAAGUACAUGAGCCAUCAGAGUCUCCUUCAGGGAGAUUCGGGGUCAAAAGAGUCUUGGUGGCCGGGGAGUAUGCUUAGUAUUGCGUUGGAGAUAGGAAAGCAGGGUUAG